ACUCUCUCUCCUUACUGGCUAUUCAACAUCCGUCGGCUUUCAAGGUAGACGUGAGUAAACACUCAGAGAAGAGAGAGAAGACGGAAGAUGACAGAGCUGUCAGAGCUCUGAGAAAUACAGACAAAUGAGAACAUUGUAAGGAUUGGCUUACGUUUUCUCAUACGAGGCUGCAAGCAUUGUGAGGGAGGAAUCUACGCAAAUACAUUCAUUAGCUACCUGACUGUUUUCCACUCAGCUGCUACCUUCUCAGAGGCUGCAUUGUAAGGGUGUCACCAUGAAGAUGAAAGGCUUCCUCUUUAGCUGCGUAACAGCAGCUGUACUUAUUGAAAUUUCAACUGCUGGCCUGGUCAAGAAGGUCAUCCGUCACCGUAGGGAGGCUCUGAUGCCCAAGAAAACACAGGAGAACCUCACCCUACCCCAUCCUGACCAGCCAGUGGUGUUCAACCAUGUCUACAACAUCAACGUCCCCUCCACUUCCUUCUGCUCCGUGGACCUUGACUCCCCUGGAGGCACCGAGCUCAAGCACAAGAGCACCCCAGUGGACAUGCAGAACACGGAGCAUAUGGAACAUACGGUGGAUGGUGACAAUCAGAUCGUUUUUACCCACCGAAUCAAUAUCCCUAAGCAAGCAUGUGGCUGUGAAAACCAGCUGCCAGACAUCAAAGCCAUCCUGAACAGACUGGAGAUGCUGGAGUCUGAGCUGUCUAGUUUAAGGGAGCAGUGCAGCAGUGGAGCAGGCUGCUGUGGGGCUCAAGUUACAGGUGAAGUGUCAACAAAGCCCUACUGUCAUGGACGUGGGAACUGGAGCACCGAGACUUGCAGCUGCUUGUGUGAACCUGGUUGGAAGGGCCCCAACUGUACAGAGCCCGAGUGUCCCAACGACUGCCAGGACCAGGGCCGCUGUGUGGAUGGUAGAUGUGAAUGCUUUGGAGGUUUUGCUGGGGACGACUGUAGCAUUGAAAUCUGCUUGCUGGACUGCGGUGACUACGGGCACUGUGUUGAGGGGUCCUGCCUCUGCGAAGAGGGCUUCAUUGGUGAGGAUUGUUCCCAGACUAACUGCCUCAACAACUGCCUGGGCCGUGGUCGCUGUGAGGAGGAUGAGUGCAUCUGCGACUAUCCGUGGACGGGCUUUGAUUGCUCUGAACUCAUCUGUCCAAAUGACUGCUAUGACCGAGGACGCUGCGACAACGGAACCUGCUACUGUGAAGAAGGAUACACUGGAGAGGACUGUGGUGAACUCAGUUGUCCUGACAAUUGUAAUAACCGUGGCAUGUGCGUGAAAGGCCAGUGUGUGUGUCAGAUGGGCUAUAGUGGAGAGGACUGCUCAAAGCUCACCUGUCCCAAGAACUGCCAUGAGCGAGGCCACUGCUUUAAUGGGAAAUGUAUCUGUGAUCCUGGAUUUGAAGGAGAAGAUUGCUCCAUCAUGUCAUGCCCUGAUAACUGUAGCAACAAUGGCCAUUGCAAUAAUGGAGAAUGUGUUUGCGACAUAGGAUACCAAGGUGAAGACUGCAGUGAGCUCUCUUGCCCUAACAAUUGCCUAGACCGGGGCCGCUGUGUCAACGGACAGUGCUUAUGUGACCAAGGUUUUGCUGGGGAAGACUGCAGCAUCAAGACCUGUCCUGAAGACUGCAUGGGACGAGGAGAAUGUGUGGAUGGAAAGUGUGUGUGCUUUGUAGGCUUUACAGGCAAAGACUGUGGCGAACUUACCUGUCCCAACAACUGUCUGAACCGAGGUCACUGUGUGAAUGGACAGUGUGUCUGUCAUAAGGGUUUCACUGGUGAGGACUGCAGUGAGAAGACAUGUCCCAACAACUGUGGAGACAGAGGUUAUUGUGUCGACGGCACCUGCGUGUGUUAUGAGGGCUUCACCGGUCCAGACUGCUCGAUACUGACCUGCCCAGCAGACUGCCACAACCAAGGGCGCUGUGAAAAUGGAAUGUGUAUAUGUGAUGAGGGCUUCAUUGGAGAGGACUGCUCUGAGGUGUCACCAGCAAAAGAUCUAACUGUGGUGGAAGUUACCCCAGAAACAGUGGACGUAUCCUGGGAGAAUGAGAUGCGCGUCACGGAGUACCUUAUCACCUACGUGCCCACGGCUCCAGGGGGUCUGGAGCUAGACAUGCAGGUGCCUGGGGCAGAGAAGGUGGCCACGAUUCGAGAGCUUGAGCCUGGUGUUGAGUAUCUCAUCAGUGUCUAUGCUGUCCUCAAUAAUAAAAAGAGCGUUCCUGUCAGUGCGAGAGUGGCAACACAUCUUCCUGAACCUGAGGGUCUUAAGUUCAAGUCAGUGCGGGAAACAUCAGUGGAGGUGCAGUGGGAUCCAUUGGAUAUUCCCUUUGAUGGGUGGAAUCUCAUCUUCAGAAACACAAAAGAGGAUGAUGGUGAGAUUCUUAACUCCCUUGGCCGCCCAGAAACCACCUUUGAGCAGUCGGGCCUGGGUCCAGGUCAGGAGUACGAGGUGAAGCUGGAGGUGGUGAAAAACGACAAGCGUGGGCCACCUGCCUCCAAGAGUGUUGUCACAUUGAUUGAUGCCCCCAGCCAGGUGGAUGUCCGUGACGUGAGCGACACCACGGCCCUGGUGACCUGGUUCCAGCCUGUGGCCAGCGUUGAUGGGGUUAGCGUCUCCUAUGGACCCAGCUCUAACCCUUCUCAUCGGAAUGUGGUAGAGCUGUCUUCCACUGACACCCAGUACCACCUUGGAGGCCUUACGCCCGACACCCAGUAUGAAGUGUCUCUGAUGGCAAAGAGGGGAGAACAUACCAGCAUCCCUGUGUAUGACUCCUUCCUAACAGACCUGGAUGCUCCCAGACAGCUGCAGACGGUAGAGCUGACGGACGAGAGCAUCACUCUAGAGUGGAAAAACAGCCGCGCUCAAGUGGACAACUACCGCAUCAAGUAUGGACCUCUUUCUGGAGGGGAGCAUGGAGAACUUCUCUUUCCCUCUGGACCCAAGGACUCCACCCAGGCUAAGAUCACUGGCCUAAGACCAGGAACCGAGUAUGGGAUGGGUGUGACUGCGGUGAAAGAUGAGAGGGAGAGUCUGCCCACAACCACCAACGCAGUGACAGCUCUGGAUGCUCCCAAAGACCUGACUGUAACAGAGGUUACCGAAACCACCAUGACACUGGAGUGGAAACGUCCCCUGGCCAAACUGGACUCCUACAGACUGGUCUUUGUUUCAGCGGACGGCUACAGGGUUGAAGACUUGGUUCCAGGCAGCUCUGAAUCUCACACCCUCAGGGGCCUGACCCCUGGCAUGCUGUACACCAUCAGCAUCACCGCAGAGAGGGGCCGGAGAAACAGCAUACCUGCCACCAUUUCAGCUCCCACAGAGGAGGAGAAACCAAUGGUGACUAACAUAACUGUCAGCGAUGUAUCAUGGGAGAGCUUCCUGCUGUCCUGGUCUGCUGAGGACGGGGCAUUCGAGGCUUUUCUGGUUGAGGUUACGGACGCAGAGGUAGGCACUGGGUGGCAGAACCACACUGUGCCCGCUGAUGCUCGCAGUCUCGUCAUCUCUGGCCUCUCCCCCAGCACCUGGUACAGGGUGAGCCUGUACGGGGUGCACAAGGGGGUCCUGUUAGAUCCCGUCUUUGCAGAUACCAUCACAGAGACGGAACCAGAGGUGGAGGCUCUCCUAGUCUCUGAUGUCACUCUCAACAGCUUUAUUCUGGCCUGGAUGUCUGAAGAGGAUGCCUUUGACACCUUUGUCAUAAUGGUCAACCAGGCUGACGGCAAAGUGCUACCCAGAGAGGUAGUGCUUGGUGGUGAGGAAAGGAACACAACAAUAGAAGGUCUCAACGAGGACACAGAGUACAAAAUUGAGAUCUUUGGGCUCAUUUGGGGAAGACGCUCCAAGUCUCUAGUGGAGAGGGUGAGAACAGACCUGGGCUCACCUAAGGGCAUCCGUUUCUCUGAAGUGACAGAUACAUCUGCCACUGUUCACUGGACGACUCCAAGAGCUCGGGUGGACAGCUACCGGGUGACCUAUAUGCCUGCUCAUGGAGGUAAUGCUAACACGCUGACAGUGGACGGCUCCGAUACUCACACCCUGCUGUCAAACCUGACACCUGGGGUCACUUAUGAGGUCACCAUCGUUGCCAUCAAAGGUCAGAGAGAGAGUGAGCCAGGAUCAGACAGUGUCACCACAGCUCUGGACAAACCCCGCGGUCUGACUGCAGUCAACAUCACAGACACUGAAGCGUUGCUGCUCUGGCAACCUGCCAUCGCUACGGUCGACGGUUAUGUCAUCACAUACAGUGCAGAUUCUGUGGCUCCAGUGAUGGAGCGUGUUUCAGGAAACGUGGUGGAGUUUGAGAUGAACUCUUUGACCCCGGCGACCCACUACACUGUGAAAGUUUAUGCAGUGAGGGACUUGGCAAAGAGUGCAGCCACUACGACGGAGUUCACAACAGACGUGGACGCCCCGCAGGACCUGGCAGCCAGCAACAUUCAGACAGAAAAUGCCCUGCUCACCUGGAAGCCUCCUCGCGCUGAUAUCACCGGGUACAUCCUCAGCUUCGAGUCGGCAGGCGGUGCCAUCCGGGAGGUGGUCCUGAGUCCCACUGCAGUGUCGUACAACAUGGCCCAGCUCAGCGCCUCCACAGAGUAUGUAGUCCGGCUAAAGGCCCUGGCUGGUCCCAAGAGAAGCAGAGUCAUCAAAACUGUUUUCACCACCACUGGUGUGCUGUACAGACAUCCCAGAGACUGCUCCCAGGCCCUACUGAACGGUGACACUUCGUCAGGGUUUUACACCGUCUACCUGGGGGGAGAUGAGAGCCAGCCCCUGCAGGUCUUCUGCGACAUGACCACCGAUGGAGGUGGAUGGAUUGUUUUCCUCCGACGUCAAAGUGGCCGACUGGAGUUUUUCCGCAACUGGAAGAAUUACACAGCCGGCUUCGGAGACAUGAAUGAUGAAUUCUGGCUUGGUCUCUCCAACUUGCAUAAGAUUACAGCUGGAGGUCAAUAUGAGCUCCGAGUUGACCUGAGAGAUAAGGGAGAGACGGCCUACGCUCAGUACGACAAGUUUUCUGUGUCUGAACCUCGGACCCGCUACAAAGUCCAUGUAGGAGGGUACAGCGGGACAGCAGGAGACUCCAUGACCUACCACCACGGACGUCCGUUCUCCACAUAUGACCACGACAACGAUAUCGCUGUCACUAAUUGUGCUCUGUCCUAUAAGGGAGCCUUCUGGUAUAAAAACUGCCACCGGGUCAACCUGAUGGGACGAUAUGGAGAUAAUAGUCACAGCAAGGGAGUGAACUGGUUCCACUGGAAAGGCCACGAGCACUCGAUUGAAUUUGCCGAGAUGAAAAUUAGACCAUCUAACUUCAGAAACCUGGAAGGAAGGAGGAAAAGAUCAUAAAUCAUCUUGAAAGCUCUAACACCAUCACCACCACCAACAACAACCACCACCACCACCAACUGUGUCAGGACUCGUCACAAACCACCUCUAUCUCCUAACACACACCUACCCUGCAGCAACCAAAGCCUCUACUGAGACCCUUCCAAAACCAAUGCUCACCCCUCCCGCUUUUUGCCUGCAGUUCAGUCACUCUUCCCCUUUGUGCAAAUGCUGUGCAAGUGCUGCAAGUGCUGAAACAGUCAAGCGUUUUACAAACUAGCUAUGCCCAUACUGAUUCUACUCAUACACCAAAGAGAGCCACUCCACCCCAGCUGAUUCUGACCCUGUCUCUUGCCUUGCAGCAUUUGCAGAGUGACAUGAGUACAGGUUGGGCAUUAUGUUGUGUACAGUCAUCGAAACAGUUUCCCAUUUCACAUACACACCACACUUGGGGUUUUACAGAUAUGGCUGUUUAUAAUACAGUACAAGGCCCUGUCAACGAACAAGGCCUUUUUGCUAUGAUUCAGUUGAAUUAUCAGAGAAAUUCUAUCCAUUGCACUGAACUGUGCAUUUAAAUAUUUGAAAAGAGAUGUUGCAAAUCUCUAAAAACUGUUUUGUGUGUGUGUGUGUGUGUGUGUGAUGUGUAUCUCUGUUUAACUUUGUUUUUCUAAUGUUCCCUAAUCUGUCUACCCUAACCUACCUCCCCACCACGUUCCAAUGAACCAAUAUCGGAUGUGAUGAAGAGGUUUUAAAAAAAAGUUUAUCGAAACGUUAUUUGCCAUUCCCCAUCCACGUAGAGGGCAAUGUUCCAUUUCAUCACAUGAGUCCCUGAAGGCAUCAUGGUGAUAUCACAGUUUUGCGUUUUAAUGAGCUAAGGAACAGAGAAAAGAAGAUGUGUUUUGUUUUAUGAAUCCAAGGCAGGACCUAUUAGUAUAUAAUGACAUGCGGUGGUUACAUUCUUUUUUUUUUUCCUUUUUUAUAAGUGUGAAUACCGUUCAUAUACAGUAUGUGGGACAAUAGAAUGUUUUGUGAUGCUCGAAACAUGAAAUAAAAAGGCCAAUUCAGAUUUUAAUUCAAGUGUUCAUAGUAAGGUGUCUAUGCUUUUGUUGAUAAACAGUGUUUGGACAGGCCAAACUAGUUAGUCUUCUACCCCUCCAUCCCCCACAUCCCUCCUGCUACAGCAGGAUACUAAACCACUGACUUUCUAAAGAAUGCCUGUGUAAAUUAUGUUUGUUUUUAUUGUUUUGUUUAGAAGUGGGUUACCAACAGGUGUGUCUCUGUAAACUGUAUAACAAUAAAACAGUUUGUUUGAUUUAGAA